CUUAUAGCCAAUUGCGCGGCGGAUUACUGUUCCAGUGUUGCUUCCUCGCGGGUAGAGCGGGUGUUCAUUGUCCGGGAGCGUGCGUGGAUCCGAAAGCGAGAAACAUGAGGGGUGAACGAGGUCGCGGACGUGGACGCUUUGGUUCCAGAGUGGGCCUGGGCUCUGGUUUCAGGCCCUUCGUCCCACACAUUCCCUUUGACUUCCAUGUGUGUGAGAUGGCGUUUCCACGCGUCAAGCCAGCCCCAGAUGAGACGCCCUUCAGCGAAGCUCUGCUCAAACGUAACCAAGACCUUGCCCCAACAUCGGCUGAGCAAGCCUCUAUCCUAUCACUAGUAACUAAGAUAAACAACGUCAUUGACAACCUGAUCGUGGCACCAGGAACCUUUGAAGUACAAUUAGAAGAGGUUCGACAGGUUGGCUCCUACAAGAAGGGGACAAUGACCGCUGGACACAACGUGGCAGAUCUUGUAGUCAUCCUGAAGAUCCUCCCAACGGUGGAAGCUGUCUCAGCCCUGGGUACGAAAGUGGUGGAGACGCUCAGAACACAAGAUCCUGCUGAAGUUCUCACCAUGCUCACCAAUGAAGCUGGCUUUGAGAUCAGCUCCGCCGACGACACCGUGAAGAUUCUUAUCACCACCAUACCCCCUAACCUGCGCAAACUGGACCCGGAACUGCACUUGGACAUCAAGGUCCUGCAGAGUGCACUGGCCGCCAUCAGACAUGCCCGCUGGUUCGAGGAGAACGCUUCCCAUUCCACCGUCAAAGUUUUGAUCCGCUUAUUAAAAGAUCUGAAAAGUCGGUUUGCUGGAUUUGAGCCUUUGACCCCCUGGAUUCUCGAUCUCUUGGGACAUUAUGCGGUCAUGAACAAUCCCUCCAGGCAGCCGCUUGCACUGAAUGUGGCCUACAGGCGAUGCCUUCAGAUCCUUGCAGCUGGCCUCUUCCUUCCAGGCUCUGUUGGGAUUACAGACCCAUGUGAGAGCGGAAAUUUCCGAGUGCACACAGUGAUGACCCUGGAACAGCAGGAUAUGGUGUGUUACACUGCACAGACUCUGAUUCGCAUCCUGUCUCAUGGAGGCUUCAGGAAGAUCCUGGGCUUGGAAGGAGAUGCAAGCGCUCUCGCAACCGAUAUGUCCACCUGGGAUGGUGUCAUUGUGACUCCCUCAGAGAAGGCCUACGAGAGGCUGCCAGAGAGAGAAAAGGGUGAGGAUGAGGAGAGUCCGGAUAUCCCAGAGGGAGCAGAGGAGGAGAGCAUGGAGACGCAGGAGUGACCGGAACAGGUUUUGGCGUUUUUUGGUUCCCCAGCCCAAGGGCAGAAGUUACCGGGUCUAGUUCUGGACCAACCCCCCAGUGUUUGUGUUUCCAGCUUGUGUUGUGACUUAUUUUAUACUGUAGCCAUUUUCAUGAAGACAAUAAAUUUUUAUUUCCACCGUUCAA